AUGUCCUCCAAAGCUUCAAAUAAGAGUGCAGCAAUGGAGGAAACAGUGAUAUGGGAACAGCACACAGUGACCCUUCACAGGGCCCCUGGCUUUGGGUUUGGCAUCGCUAUCUCAGGUGGGAGAGACAACCCUCAUUUUCAGAGUGGAGAGACGUCCAUCGUCAUAUCUGAUGUUUUAAAAGGAGGACCUGCCGAGGGUCUGCUGCAAGAAAAUGAUAGAGUUGUGAUGGUCAAUGCAGUCUCUAUGGACAAUGUAGAGCACGCAUAUGCUGUUCAGCAGCUUCGCAAGAGUGGAAAAAAUGCAAAGAUUACUAUUCGUCGGAAAAGGAAGGUACAAAUCCCAGUGUCUCGACCAGGAGACAGGGAGACAAUGUCUGAGCAUGAAGAGGAGGACAGUGACGAUGAAGACGGUUACGAGCACCGCAGUGGUCGAGGUGGUCAAAGUGCCUAUGGAGGCGCGAGCGGAGGUGCAAACAAGCGAGAGCGUAGCAACAGCGGGAGGAGGGAUCACAGUGCCUCACGGGAGAGGAGCAUCUCACCGCGGUCUGAUCGACGAUCACAAGCCUCGACAGCUCCAGCCAAGCCCGCCAAGGUCACCCUCGUCAAAUCCCGCAAAAAUGAAGAAUAUGGGCUGCGGCUUGCCAGCCACAUCUUUGUGAAAGAUAUCUCUCCAGAGAGCCUUGCUGCCAGAGACGGAAACAUCCGGGAGGGAGAUGUUGUUCUUAAGAUCAAUGGCACCGUUACAGAGAACCUCUCGCUGAUUGAUGCCAAGAAGCUGAUUGAGAGGUCAAAGGGCAAGCUUAAGAUGGUGGUGCAGAGAGAUGAACGAGCCACGCUGCUCAACAUUCCUGACCUUGAUGACAGCAUCCCAUCAGCCAACAACUCCGACAGAGACGACAUUUCAGAGAUACAUUCACUGACAUCUGAGCAUUCUAAUCGAUCCCUUGGGAGAGGUCGAUCACGUUCACCCGAGAGGCCCGAAACAGUGGACCACCUCCGCCACUCACCCCGUCAGAUGAGCAAUGGCAGUCAUCGAAGUAGAGACGAGGAACGUAUGUCCAGACCGGGGGCUGUUUCCACACCAGUCAAAAGUUCAGAUGAUGGUGUGUUGUCUCAGGCCAGCGACCAGGCCAGCUCCAGCGACAAGCCUCCUCUGCCAGAACCAAAGCCAGUUUAUGCACAGCCCGGUCAGCCUGACGUGGACCUUCCGGUGAGCCCGUCUGAUGCACCUGUCCCCAGCGCUGCUCAUGAUGACAGCAUUCUCAGGCCAAGUAUGAAGCUGGUCAAGUUCAAGAAGGGAGAAAGUGUUGGUCUGCGGUUGGCAGGAGGGAACGAUGUGGGAAUUUUUGUGGCUGGAGUCUUGGAGGACAGUCCAGCAGCCAAGGAGGGGCUAGAGGAAGGAGACCAGAUUCUCAGGGUGAAUAAUGUGGACUUUGCGAACAUCAUCCGAGAGGAGGCCGUGCUGUUCUUGCUGGAUCUCCCGAGAGGAGAAGAGGUUACUAUUCUGGCACAGAAGAAAAAGGACGUGUAUCGAAGGAUCGUGGAAUCGGAUGUAGGGGACUCCUUCUACAUCCGAACACAUUUUGAAUAUGAGAAAGAAUCUCCAUAUGGACUCAGCUUUAACAAGGGGGAGGUGUUCCGCGUAGUAGACACACUCUACAAUGGAAAAUUAGGUUCUUGGCUGGCUAUCCGCAUUGGGAAAAACCAUCAGGAAGUGGAGAGAGGAAUCAUUCCCAACAAGAACAGAGCUGAACAGCUGUCCAGUGUGCAGUACACCCUCCCCAAAACACCAGGGGGGGACAGGGCCGACUUCUGGAGAUUCCGUGGGCUGCGAAGCUCCAAGAGGAAUUUGCGAAAAAGCAGAGAAGACCUGUCAGCCCAGCCAGUUCAGACCAAGUUUCCUGCCUACGAGAGGGUUGUGCUGAGAGAAGCUGGGUUCCUGAGGCCUGUGGUUAUCUUUGGGCCAAUAGCAGACGUGGCCAGAGAAAAACUUGCCAGGGAGGAGCCAGACAUUUUUGAACUAGCAAAGAGCGAACCAAGGGAUGCGGGAACGGACCAGAAAAGCUCUGGCAUCAUUCGCCUCCACACCAUCAAGCAGAUCAUUGACAGAGACAAGCAUGCAGUGCUGGACAUCACCCCCAAUGCAGUGGACCGGCUGAACUACGCUCAGUGGUAUCCGAUCGUCGUGUUCCUCAAUCCAGACACCAAGCAGGGCGUCAAGAACAUGAGGACCCGGCUCCUCCCAGAGUCAAGGAAGAGCGCAAGGAAGCUCUUUGAGCGAGCCCUCAAGUUAAGGAAGAACAACCAUCACCUUUUCACCACAACCAUUAACUUGAACAGCAUGAAUGAUGGUUGGUUUGGAGCACUGAAAGAAAUAAUCCAGCAGCAACAGAACCAACUGGUAUGGGUUUCAGAGGGCAAGGCUGAUGGAGCCACUGAGGAUGACCUGGACAUCCAUGACGACCGCCUUUCCUACCUAUCGGCACCAGGUAGUGAGUAUUCCAUGUACAGCACUGACAGUCGCCACACCUCCGACUACGAAGACACAGACACAGAGGGAGGAGCCUACACUGACCAGGAGCUGGACGAAACGCUGAAUGACGAUGUGGGUCCACCCGCUGAGCCGGCCAUCACCCGCUCCUCGGAGCCCGUCCGCGAGGACCCGCCUGUUAUCCAGGAGCCUCCCGGCUAUGCUGGCUACCAGCACACGGUGCAACCGGACCCCCUGAACCGCAUCGACCCAGCUGGGUUCAAGGCACCCGCGCCGCAGCAGAAAGCAGAGGCCGCAGCCACCCCUAGCAUCUCCAAGCAGCCCGAGCCCCUGGCUGUGGCCGUGCCCCCUGCUGUCGACGUUACUGUAAAAUCUGUAGGCGGUCUGAGCCCAGAUGAGGCUCCUGCAGCUCCUUACAGCAAGCCGAGCCCCAUCCACGAGGCUGGCUCACUCAGGAGGCCUACGCCUGAGCUAGCCCCUCAGAGCGUCACGCCAGAACCUCUACAGUCUGGACUGGCCAGUUCAGAACCAAAGAUGUUCCAGAAGGAUCCUUAUGGCAUGGACAACACAGGAAGAAUCGGAAACAGCGUGAAGCCUGGGACAUACAGUCCACAGCAGGCAUAUCACCCUGACCAGCAGCCAUACAGAGAUUAUGACCAUCCACCUAAUCGCUACGACGUCAGCAGUGGCGGUGGUUUCCCAGAAUCAAAGUACCGGAACUAUGAUCCUAACCCUCCCUUUGAGAACAGUGUGCCUCACUAUGACCAGCAGCAGUGGAACCCCUACAGCCAGCCGCACCCUACUGCCAAUUCCCAAGCUUAUGAUCUUCGUUUGCCUUAUGGUGAUGGCCCUGACCCCCAGUACACCCCUCCGAUGCGCUACGACGAACCCCCACCAGCACAGGGAUUCGACGGACGUCCUCGCUAUGGUAAACCAACGGGUCAAGGACCCAUGCGUUAUGACGACUUCCCGCCCCCCACUCCAGAGUCUGAUCUACACUAUGACCAGGAUCCUCACCUAAGCACAUAUCCUCCAGCUGCCCGCUCCCCAGAACCCGCCGCCCAGCGGCCUGCCUACAACCAGGGACCAGCAUUGCAACCGAAAGGCUUUAAACCUCAACAAUAUGACCCCGCUCCUGUGAACUCUGAAACCAGCCUCACGCCUCCUCCUAAGGCAGAAGCAUCCUCACCUUCCCCUGUAGAUGCUCCAAAACCUGCAGCUAAAAGAGACGAGCAACAGGAGGAUGACCCUGCCAUGAGGCCCCAGUCAGUUCUGACCCGGGUCAAGAUGUUUGAGAACAAACGCUCUGUGUCCGUGGACCGAGCCAGAGAUACAGGGGAUUCGUCUGGGCACAGGGCUGCUGAUUUACCUUUGAAAUCAGGGGGCGUGAUCCCUAAAGCAAACUCUCUCAGCAACCUGGAUCAAGAAAAGACCUUUAGAGCCCCAGAGCCUCAGAUGCCUCAGUCUAAGGUGCCCGAUGACAUUGUGCGCUCCAACCAUUACGAUCCAGAUGAGGAUGAGGACUACUACAGGAAACAGCUGUCUUACUUUGACAGACUUCAAGCUGGCACCAGCAAACCUCUGCCACAAGCACAAACAACCCACAGCUUCCCCAGGACUGGGUCAGUGGACAGACCAAGUCCAGCAGAGAAAAAAUAUGAACCAGUUCCCCAAGUGACACCAUCUUUGCCACCAGCCACACUGCCUAAACCCUCAACCGAAGCCAAGCCGCCGGCCCGGGAGGACACUAUCCAGACCAACUUCCUGCCUCACAAGAGCUUCCCUGAGAAGUCUCCAGUUAAUGGCACAAGCGAACAGCCUCCAAAGAUGGUUCCAGCCACUGGGGCUCCAUCCAGCUACAACCGCUUUGCCCCCAAACCCUACACCACCUCUGCCAAGCCUUUUGCACGCAUGUUCGACAGCCCCAAAUUCAACCACAACCUUCUUCCCAAUGACAAGCCUGAGAGUGCUCCAAAGGGUCGGAGCUCCAGUCCAGUAAAGACUCAGAUACCCCCACAGCCCCAGAACGCAGACCAUGACAGUGGCCUGGACACUUUCACACGUACCAUGGACCAUCGCUCCAAAUACCAGCAGAACAAUGUCAACGCAGUGCCCAAGGCCAUCCCCGUGAGUCCCAGCGCCCUGGAAGAUGACGAUGAUGAAGACGAGGGACACACUGUGGUCGCGACGGCUCGCGGGAUCUUCAACAGCAACGGUGGUGUGCUGAGCUCCAUUGAGACAGGUGUCAGCAUAAUUAUCCCACAGGGUGCCAUCCCUGACGGCGUGGAGCAGGAAAUCUACUUCAAGGUCUGCCGAGACAACAGCAUCCUGCCGCCACUCGACAAGGAGAAAGGAGAGACCCUGCUCAGCCCUCUGGUGAUGUGUGGACCUCAUGGCCUCAAGUUUUUGAAGCCUGUGGAGCUGCGCUUACCUCACUGUGCGUCAAUGACCCCUGAUGGUUGGUCUUUUGCUCUAAAAUCCUCCGACUCCUCGUCGGGUGACCCCAAAAGCUGGCAGAACAAGUCUCUACCCGGAGAUCCCAACUACCUGGUGGGAGCCAACUGUGUGUCGGUGCUGAUUGACCACUUUUAAGGAGGCACCAGCCGGCGCGAUGUUACUGAAUGUGGAAGCGUGUGAGAUCCAAACGAAGACGUAGAAAACACAGAAACUGUACAUACACUGCAGCUGCACUCCAUCAAACACACGCGCCACUCAGCGGAGUCGGAAGAAGAACCAGUCAGUGCUGUUUACUGCACCUGUGGAUGAAGGCCCGACCGUUACAAGCUGUUCUUUAAAUUCUUCUGCGAUUUGAAGUUUUAAGGUGAAAUGAAGCCUUUUGAUGCAUGCCCCGUGUCACUGACGAUUGACAUUAUUAUAUAUAUAAAGCAGUGUUUAAUGUAAUUUUUUUACAUCAAUGUAGGUGAAUGGAUGGCUUUGGAGGCAGCAUAUGUGCCUCAGAAAUCUGUCAGUGUAUUUAACUAUAUAUGCAUACAGUAUAUAUAGAGGUUUAGAGAAGACUUACUGAAAUUGUACUGAUGAAUCCAGUUAAAAGUCUGUUAUUUUUCAGUUCAGGGGACUGAAUUUGAAGAACUAUUGCCACGUUUUUCCACAUCGAAGUAAUUUAACUGAAGGGUUAGGGACAUUCGCAGGCAUCUAUUGAAGGAGCUGGCAAAACAUGAGCUGGUGACGAACCCAAGCAGCACACUUCCUGUAAUCCUCCCUUUGUUCUUCCUUUUCUUAAGACAGCCGGUAGCUUCCUUUCUUACUGAGCACCUCGUCUCUCCUUCCAGCCUGAGCGAGAUCUAUGCAUGUUCUGUACUCAGGUCCAGCCGCCUCCUCAGUCCCUUCCACACAUCUUAGUCUCUCUUUCUGCCCUUCCUCUCCGUGUGCACUGUUGCACUCACACACAAAUAAGCAGUGGAUGCCUUAUCUGCCGAUUAUUCACUUUUCAUUUAGAGGAAGAAUAAGUUAUGAUAAAUUAUGGUUUUGCUGUUUUUGUGAACCCACUGUACAAACGAACUUGGGUUGAGCACACAGUAACAGUUAGUAAAAGAUAAAAAAAGGUAAACACUUCUUUUAUCUCCUAUGCAUUACUUUAAAAAACAACAACAGAUGAGAAGUGGCUGUAAAUAAAGCUAGCUUAUUGCCUUGUUUCUUUUGUUUGUAAAUGAACUUUUUGUAUUUUUUUUUGUAUAAAACUUUGAGAAAACAAGUUCUGGAAAGCGCAAAAAAAAAGAAAAAAGAAGUGAACGUGGUUUUCUUGUAAUCUGAAUAUACCCUCAAGCCUUGGAAUUGUAACCUAACAAUAAUACAUCACACCUUUUCUACCAAUAUAUUGACACUAUGUUAUGGUCGCAAAACAGAAAAAGUACUUUCCUGAUUUGAGAAUCAGGAGAAUACUUGAGCUAAAAUGCAUUAAAACAUGUUCUUUUUAAAGGGCGUGCUCUCAAAGCGUUCCCAUUCACUGAUUUGUGAUACUGGAUGCUUUAUUGUGUGCCCUUAAAUGUAUUUUUGUACUAAUAGACAAUAUAUUAUGUACGGCACACCAGUACUGUUUUAUUUUUAGAUAUAACACAGCUUUAACUGGAUAUUAGCUCUUCACGUGUGGCUGACUUUUUUUCUCUCCUAUCCGACACAGUUUUAAGUAUACCACUGUAUUAAUAAAUAAAAUAAUUUUUGAAUAAUA